AUGAACGGUGUAGCCUUCUCCCCCGCGGCUCUGAGUUCCCUGAUCCCUUCUUCUUCGUCUUCUUCUCUUUCUCACAGAAAAUUGAAACCCAAAGCCUCUUCACUCCACUCUCAACAAGCCUUCACCUCUGACCCCUACGUUCUGGAACUCGCAGAAACCCUCGAAGAAACCAUCCCCUCCACACCCUCCACCCCUCUCCCUCUCCACAACCUCCGCAACGCUUCCUCCCAAUCCCUCCUCUCCACCCCAUGGCCUUCCCGCCGAGACGAGCCCUUUCGCUUCACCGACCUCUCCUUCAUCCGACAAUCCCGCAUCCUCCCCCUCUCCCAUCCCACUCCCGUCAACCUCCUCACUUCCCACCUCCCUCAUGGCGUCUACGUCGGCCCCCUCUCCGCCCUUUCCUCCUCCCCCCUCCUCCACACAGUCUCCCAAUUCCUCUCCCACACCCUCCCCAACGCUGACCUCUUCUGGUCCAUCAACGGAAUCGCCGCUCCCGAUUUAACCCUCGUCUACGUCCCCGAGGGCUGCCACGUCGAUUCCCCCAUCCACUUACAAUACACUCCGCCGCAGCCUACCACCACCCACGCUUCCGACACCAUGCACCUUUCCAAUCCCAGGGCCCUCGUCGUGCUCGAGAAAGGCGCGCGUGUCGACAUAAUUGAAGAGUUUUCCUCGACGCCGGGGAACGAGAACGAGUGUUAUUGGAGUAACGCUGCUUUUGAGGCCGUCAUUGGAGAAGGUGCCAAGCUUUCGCAUUCUUACAUCCAGACUCAGUCUUUCCGUGCCGCCCACAUCAAAUGGACCUCCGUUCGCCAGGAAUCGUCUAGUACAUAUGAACUUGUAGAGGUAAGCGCUGGAGGAAAACUGGGGAGGCACAAUCUUCAUAUCCAGCAAUUGGGUCCUGAUACUGUCACGGAGUUAUCGACUUUGCACUUGUCUGUUGGUGAUCAAACGCAGGAUCUGCAUAGUACUCUUGUAUUGGACCAUCCACGUGGCUAUUCUCGUCAACUUCACAAAUGCAUUGUGACUCAUUCACAGGGACAGGCAGUUUUUGACGGAAACGUUAAGGUUAACAGGUAUGCUCAGCAGACUGAUGCAGGUCAGUUAACAAGAAGUCUUCUGCUUGAACCUCGUGCGACUGUAAAUGUUAAACCGAAUCUUCAAAUUGUGGCCGAUGAUGUCAAGUGCUCCCAUGGGGCUGCUAUAAGUGAUCUGGAAGAAAGUCAACUCCUGUAUUUCCAGGCACGUGGCAUCGACUUAAAGACUGCUAGAAGAGUUCUGACUUUUGCUUUUGGAGGCGAGGUGAUAGAUAAGUUUCCUUAUUCUUCUAUUAGAGACACAGUACGAAGCCAGAUUAAAACUUUGUUGGAUCCAUCUUCUUGUUGA